CUUUAGCAACUCUCGCCAUGUAUCGAUCGGACUGCGCGCGCAAUAAAAAUGACAUUCACUGUAUUUGUGUCUGAAAAUUUAGUGACACCGCCUCUUAGGUUAUUUCAGAUAUUAAAAUAUAAAACGUUCCUUGAUAAUCUAGUAAUAUAUAUUUAUCUUAGCGGCACUUAGAUGAUAAUUGAUUUGUUUUGUAAUGUUAUAGUCUGAGAGCUUCGCCGGCAGGACCUAGCUAGGCUUUAUUUCUUAGAUAACUUGAAGUGUAGACUUUACAAUGUGGACGAUCUGCGUGCCGGGAUGGAGUGCUGUGAUGGUGGCUGGCACCCUCAUCUUGUACGGGACCUUGGAUGUAGCGUACUUCGCACGAAUGAUGUAUACUGUAGCUAAAGCGAGGUACUUUAGGAAAAAGACCUGUAUUUUGGAUACAACUGACGUCCAAUCUUGGUGUCUGUUAAACGAUAUUGACACACUCCUCUACCACAUGAACAACGCGAGAUACCUUCGCGAGUUGGACUUCGCUAGAGCCGAUUUCUACGAGAGGACUGGCUUGUACGCCAACAUCAAGGCCGCUGGUGGUUCCGUACUACAGGCGGCUACUACCAUCCGCUACAGGCGUUACCUGAAACCGUUCACUAAAUUCACCAUCACAUCCAAAGCGAUCUACUGGGAUGAGAAGACUUUCUUCAUGGAGCAUGAGUUCAUCGGUCCUAGCGGCUUCGUGCAUGCCGUCGCGUUGUGCAGACAACGCAUCAUAGACACGUCUGUAGCUGCAAUCGCUGAGUUACUCCUUCAGUUGCAUUGCUCCGGAAGCUGCAAGUCGCCGCCCGAGAAGAUGACUUCUGAGCUGGAGCUGUGGGUGCAGAGUAACGAAGUGAGCUCAGCCAAGCUGCGACCGACCGUCGCCCUUCCUAUUCAAGAGCCACCUCACACUGGUUGCGGAGAGACGAUCCCAAACGCUUCAGAGUGAGGUCAGCUUAACCCGGACGAGGACCUGAGUUGUAAAAAGCACCAGUAGAUGUUGGUCCGCGUUCGGGUUCAUAUAGAUCGCCGUUUAAGCUACAAGCGUCGUCUGGAAAGGGCUUAUUAUGAUUUCUUAAUACACCUAAGUGAUAUUGCAUGGCAAUUAGUCGAGGGUGGCCGUUGUUUAGAAUGAUAUAUAAAUAUUAUUAAAUUGUGAGAUUACGAAGAUCUCUAACAAUUGUAUGUUAUUUUCUCAUAUUAGAAUUAAUCAUUCAUAACUUAAUUAUUUCUUGUUUUUAUUAUAUAUAUAUGUUUUACGCACAAUGGUUUACUAGAAAUUCUUUUAUUUUAUUUAAUUUAUUUUAUUUAUUAUAAUCACGUUUUAAAAAAUGAACGUUUGAAACGCGUAGAGUAAAUAAACUCUAUGUUUCGUUCGUUUAUUUGUUUCGUAAAUUGUUCAGAAUUAUUCUGAACAAUUUUAUUGUUAAAAGUUUCAAGAGUUCCUUGAAAUGCAAUAUUUUAUUAAAAGUGUAUGUAAACUAAACCUAAAGAUAAUUGUGGAUAAAGUCAUUAUAAUUAAUGAAAAAUAUAUUCGUAUAUUUAUUAAAAAAAAAACGCGUAAGUUAAUUUAAUCGUAAAUUUAAAAUACGACUGGUUAUCUGAAUCAUUUGAACUCACAUACGAACAAACUAUUAAAAUGGCGUCGGAAUCAUGGCGGUAAGUUAUAAAUAGUAAUAAAUGAUAAAAAAAUAUAAUUAAUAUAAUGUUGUAAACAUCCUUAUUAUAUUGAAAUAACAAAAAUUCGAUAACGAUAUGUUAUUGAGUAUUUAUUUUCUUUUCUUUAAACUAUUUUUUUAUUUUAUUUAAAUUUGUGUGAUUAGUAUUUAUUAACAGACAUUCCAAGCAAAUGUAGCAUUACUGUAAUGGAGUAUAAAAUACAUUUAAAAUAUGUUAUGUAUAUAAUAUCACGAAUAUUAAAAUAAUAUUUAUUGGGUAUAA